AGUGCGACAGGUUUCUCCAGAAACUCAUUUGUCAACGGAUAUGGCCAAUAUUAUAGUCAAAAUGAUAAUCUUUUUGGUAAGCCACAAACUUCCAGGAAAAAAUAAUAUCGUUGUCCAAGUCAGUCAUCUCGACAUUCAGUCUUUUGCAAUCGUUAGUGUUUAGCUGUUGAACGAGUGAAAUCGGGGAAUUGCUGAGAGUUUGUAGCCCCUGCAUUCGUAGGCUUCAGAAUUUUUAACGACUCUCUGACGCAAGACGCAACUUGAUUAUAUCACUUUUUGCUCUUUAUCUCAUAAGCAAUUGUUGCAAACAAUCCAUAAACAUACGCAAGGAUGUUUUUUGAAAAUAAUCUUGGCAAAGAUUAUUCCAGUAUAUCUAAACACAAACUACGAUUGCGUGUUUGUAAUAACGAAAGAGAUCUUGACGAAAGUUUGCAAAACAUGGCCGAUUAUCAUAUUCAAAAUAUCAACAGUAUACGUAUCAUGAUGCUUCAUUCACUUGUGAACAUAAGUAGAAUUAAAAAUUUCAAAGAUUUAUGUAAUGAAGACAUUGUAGGCAGACAUUUUCCCAUCACUUACGUCAUAAAUAAAUUAUAUUUUUUUUCUGAGCUAUACCAUGUAUAUGUAGAUAAUUUGGACACCAUUUCAAAUAUCAGAAAAUACAGUUUGCCGAUUUUUAUUAUUUUCGGUCUUUUAGGAAACUGUUUGUCCGCCACUGUGCUCUUCCGUAAAAAGAUGCGUUCUUUCUCGUCCAACAUCUACUUGGGCAUGCUAGCAAUAAGCGACAUCGUCUAUUCGAUGAUAUUAAUUAUUGAUUGGCUCUUUUUAUUGGUUGAUUAUAUAAAUCCAGAAAACAAUUAUUUGUAUUGGUUAUAUAUCUUUACAGACUUUCUGUUCUCCUUCUCCGAGUUCUUGAGUGUAUGGCUUAUACUAGCUUUUACCAUCGAGAGAUUUAUAGUGAUAAAGUAUCCGCUUCUACGUCGAUCCUGGUGCACUGUCAAACGAGUAAAAAUCGUAGUGAUCACGCUGAUGGGGCUAGCGAUUUUGCGCAGCAUUCUAUAUAUUUUUUUUAUUUCUAAGACGAUGCUGUAUGAAAUAACAAGUAAAAAAAAAAUAAAUAUGUAUGAUGUGUACAAAUAUCUCAAAUUUGAACCUCAUGGAGCUAAGCAUACAAAGCGCAUUAUAGAUUCUAUUAUAAUAUUUACUCUACCCGCUAUCGUGAUAGUAAUCUACAAUACUCUGAUCGGAUACCACAUUCAUCAGCAAAAUCGUGUUCGCAAAACCUUGAUUACAACGUCCGAUUCUUUUAAUGAGAGAACUCAGAUUUCUAGUGAUAAAAUGCUUGAACAUAAGAUCACAAAAAUGCUUAUUCUCGUUUCGAGCAUAUUUCUAAUCUUGAAAUUACCUGAACAUUACUUUGUUUUCAUAAUGUAUUACGUAAGUAUCAAUAAUUCACUUUAA